AUAGUGCUGCUAAAACAAUGGAGAAAAGAGGGGAAGUCAAUGAAGAUAAGUAUACAGAGCUGACAGAAAAGUGGAACUUAAAAAUAAGUAAAACACCUUCAAGUGAAAUUUCUGAAUUACUGCCUUUGUUUUAUCCUGCAAAUCAAAAGAGAGACCGCUAUAUCAAAGAAGUUUUCGAUUCCUUAGAAUUUGAUGUUGCUGAUGUUGAGACCCUUUCUGAUUGUAAAGAACAAUUAUAUAGCGCUAUUUCGUGUUUACAUGGAUCUACUGUAAAAGUGAAGUCUAUGAAGCUGAAACGUGAUGUAUCGGAUACCAGGAAAGAAGUUAUUUUAACUGUUGAAAAGUUUAUGAGCAAAAUUAAUAUAUUACUUUUAUCUUUGGUAAGGACAAAACAGAUUCCUGAGAGCCUCUAUGUGGAUGUUUUCAUGUCGUUUUUAGAUAUAUUUGGAAUUCUUGGAAUACCAGGUGAAGUUUUCAAUCGAAAGAUUCUUUUAGCUGGAGAAAUUUAUAGUCAACAUCCGGGUUAUUAUCUUUUACCUCAAAAUACUGCAGAUUUAUGUUUGAACACAAUCGGCAUAUUAUCUUACUCUACAAAAAACUUACAGAAAAGCUCAUCAAAGGAAAAGAUCGACAAAGAAUCGACUAAAGCAUCUUCACCUAAAUCUACCUUAAAAGAAUCAUCAAAUGGUAACAAUGUUGACUCUAUUGCACAAACACCGUCUACACCAUCGUCAAUACAUGAGAAAGCACAACCCGAGACUUGUAAAACGCCAAAUCCGGUACGAAAAUCUGAUUGUAUAAUGCGUGAAAGAGUUUCACCACUGGACCAAAGUGUUAAUGCUGGAAGUACCUCGGACACAUAUGGCAUGUAUUGUCAUAUACGAAAAAGAACUGUAGAAGGCCGAAUUAAACUACCAGCUGUUAAAUUGUCUCAUCCUAAUGGAGUUAUCAAUAAAAUUCCAAUUAUCAUUACACUUGCUCCAGACGAAACUGUAACUGAAGGCAGUAGUGAAUCAACCAAGACUCAACAAGAAGAAUCGUCUUCUCAGUUUGUCGGUCGUUCAAUAGAUUCUUCUUUUAGAGCGCCAGGCAGAAAGCUUAACAUUCCUAAAAGAUUGUUUUCAGGUGUCAGAUCAGCAAUGGAGCAGGAAUUUCCAAGCUUUCUGCGGCAAACACCUAAACCUGGAUUUUCGAAAGGCCCACUACCAAUUAUAGUCUCUACACCAGAGGCAACUGAAGCAGAUAUAAAACGAAAGAAAAUGAUAUCGGAAUCUACAGAAAAUAAUAAAAAAGAAAAUAUUCAGUUGAAUGUUUCAGACGGAACUAUGUCCUAUUCUAGUGCUCAAAAUGAAAUAGCCUGCAAGUAUUCAGAACCGAUAGACAGUGGUGAAUGUUCAAAGUCAAUUUCUGUUCAUCAAAGACAGAUUAAAGAUACCAAAAAUGAAAAUCAGGAUGUUACACUGUGUAAUUCGGUAUCUUUGUUAGAGGAUGACAGCUCCCAUAAUGGUACUGUCAAAAAAGAAAGCAUAUUUUCCCGCGUAUCUGAUAUCAGACAAUAUGAUAACACCACUAUAAAUGAUAUGCCUCGUUCUGAACAAAUACGAAACAGUGCAGGAAAUAAUAAAAAUACAUCAUCUAGAGUAGCAGGAAAUCACGUGAUAAAUUAUGCAAAUAUCUUUGAACCAAAUGAAUGUCUAUACAAUAAGAUGAAUAGCGAAAACAUAUUGCAAACACAAAGUAAUUGUCAAAUUUCAUCAAGUAACUCAGACAUUUGCCUUCACGACUUUGUUUUGAGACAUGAAAAUUGUGAGAAUGUCUCGACUCAAUAUCAAAAUAACAAAAUGUGUAUUUUUGAGAAAACAAAGAAACAAAGGUACAGAAAGAAAAGAAAAAGAUACAGAAAAAGACCAAACCAGGUAGAUAUUACUUGUGUUCAAAAUGCAAACUGCAUACAACACAACAAUAAUCAUUCACAGAAACAUAAGAAUGAAAAAAGAAGAAAGCAAUUGCAUAAAAUUAAAACAGAAAAAAAUCAAGGAAAAGAGCGAGUUAGCAGUGAUUCAGGUGUGGCUGAGUUGAACUUCCAUGGAAAGUUCGAUGGCGUACAUGUAUGCGUUUCCUCCAGUAGUUUUCCUCAAAACUACAUAGAGGAGAGUAAUACUGUCUUGUCCAAUUCAGGUGGACCAGAUAAACCUGUAUUUACUGCUACAACACAAAACAGUGUUUACUCUGUGAAAUUAAAUUCAGAAUUUAUAUCAGUACAAGAUGAAUGGAAAUGUAAUAAAUUCAAAAUAGAUAAUACUGAUGCCGAAGAUUGUGUGCAUACACAUCAAAGUAAACAAAAAACGUAUGCCCGAAUGAAAACUGUUGAGUGGUUAUUACAACAGCCGCUAUGUGUUCCCGAUACUUGUGAAGCUUUCACGAUGUUAGAUAAUUCCCCAAAAAAUAUUGAUGUCGGUGAAUACCCUGAUCAAUUGUUAACAAAUGACUACACUACAGAUUUUGUAAAUUAUGUAGUAGAUACAAAUUACAAUGCUACAAAACCAUUAUAUACACACAUUCCAGAUGAAUUCGUUCGAAGUUUGCUCCUUGAAUGGCCUCACACAAGGACCAAACCAGUAUCAGUUGGCUUUAUCUUACACAAAACUAGAGUUGUUGUUGUCUCCCUUGAAAUGUGUCAUGAUCAUUUCGAACAUUUAACCAUAGACGGUGUUGUUAUAACAGAUGAUGUAGCUGUAGUCCGUUAUUCUUCGCCGUUCGAUCUUUUAAACAUAAAGGACAGAACAUGUCUUUAUAAGAUUUUAUCUCGUAUUGGAACUGACUGAAACACUGUUAUAAUCUGAAUGUGGAGUUAUAUAUAUUCAACUUCUAGGAUGAAACAUGUUUUGGCAUUUAAGCAUAUUCAACUUUAAUAUUAAAAAAAAAACAGUAAACCAUGGACUUAUUUUAAAAUUAAAUCCCUUAUACAAGACAAGGUUGUUUUAACACUUCUUUUUCUCUUCUUCG